GGACCCCCAUGAGGAUAAGCGGCAUAGAAAAUGAAUGAAUGUUAAUGUUUCCACAUUUCAAUUGUCCAUGUAAAGAGAAUUAGGCUGUGUUGUUGGUCCAGAAGGACGGCGCCCUCUGUGUGGGUCAAGGAAGCAGAGGAGAGGCUCGGAGCGACAGGCUGAACGGAGAGACACACAAGGAGGAAGAAGCCCUGUCCUCUCGUUCCAUCACACGUCUCAUCACUUUAGCCGUCUGGCUGGGGCCUAAAGUGACUUUGCUGUGAUGCGAGCACCACAAAGCGGCUGUGACGCCAGGACCACUCGGACUUUUGAAAGAGAGGAUUUUGUUCAGCUACCCAGAUGAACAACAGGAAGGAGGACAUGGAGAUCUCCUCUCACUAUCGUCAGCUCCUGCGAGAGCUCAACGAGCAGAGGCAACACGGCAUCCUCUGUGACGCCUGCGUCAUUGUAGAUGGAAAGAUCUUCAAGGCCCACAAGAACGUCCUUCUGGGCUCCUCACGCUACUUCAAGACACUUUACUGCCAGGUUAAGAAAGGGGCGGAGCCUCACCACCAGACGACAGUCACUCACCUGGACAUUGUGACCGCCACGGGCUUCAAAGCCAUCCUGGACUUCAUGUACUCCGCCCACCUCGCUCUCACCAGUAAGAACGUCAUUGAGGUGAUGUCAGCCGCUAGCUACCUGCAGAUGACGGACAUUGUCCAGGCGUGCCACAGCUUCAUCAAGGCUGCCCUGGACAUCAGCAUCCGCUCCGAGAUGGCAGACGAACUAUCAGACUUUGAAAUGGGAGCUGUGGCCGCAUCAGGCGUAGGAGGUGCUGGGGGCAGCGGAGGAGUUGGGAUGCCAGGAGCAGGAGGAGUAGCGGGAGCGAGCUUAGGAGGAGGUGGGAUCGUGGGCAUGGCCUCGGAAGCCCUCGCCUCCAUCAUGUCCGGUCGCAGCACCUCCCCCUGGCUGGCGCGCCGCACCAGUCCUGCCAACUCCUCUGGGGACUCGGCUAUUGCCAGCUGCCACGAGGGAGGUAGCACUUAUGGCAAGGAGGACCAAGAACCCCCCAAGAGCCACGAGAGCCAGGAGGAAGCUUGCCAUGACUCCCAGCCUGCUUGGCUGCACGACUACAGGCCCGUCAGCGUCAAAGAGGAACAGGUGUCCCCCGCCUCGUCCUUGCAUCCCAGGGACACCCCCAGGGGUGCAGCCCAGAGCCAAAGGGAUCAGCUGGCGGGGGGCGCCAGUGCAGGUGGAGACGGACCCUGGCAGCCCUUAAAAGGGUCAGGGCGGAGGAAGAACAGGAAGAACAAGGACACGGUCAGACAUAUAACCCAACAGGCUGAGAGGAACUGGGACCGGGAGCGGGACAGGGAGCGAGACCGGGACAGUCGGCCCGGCUCUCCUCUGCCAACCAUGCUGGCUGUGGCCGGCUGGAACUACAACGGACAGGAUAUUUCAGGCGCAGAUGUGACCGAGCCCAACAGCUCAGACAGCCGCGGCGAACGCCUAGACUUUUUCCUCAAACAGGAAGAGGCUCUGGCGGCGGAGCCGGGCUUCCUGGGUACCAACGAAUCAGAGGAGGCGAGCAGAGGAGGAGGAGGAGGAGGAGGAGGCGGCUGUGGGACAAUCUCGUCGGUAGCCAACCUGAAGGCGGCGUUGAUGAGUAAGAACAGCUUGCUGUCACUGCGGGCUGAGAUGAUGGGAGAUGAUAACCCCCUGCUCUAUGAGUACCUCCCCAAGGGAGGACACUCCCUUUCUUGGCUCCACUCCAACAACUACUGCAGCACACUCCGGCCGGGGGCCACGGGGGCCACGGGGGCCGCAGGGGCCGCAGGGGCCGCUAUUCAUAACAAACAGGGGGCUGGCUCCUCUCCUGCUCCUACUCUUCUUCCUCCUCAUCUUCCAUCAACACCACCACCAUCAUCAUCAUCAACAUCAUCCUACCGCCCACCCUCUCCACGGCACCCCACCGAGCCCCGGCCCCUGGAGGCCACCGGUUUGCGGGCGGGGGCAUCCGGGCUGCACUCAGACACCCUGGACAUGGAAGUAGAAGAGGCCCCCGAGGGCCUGGCGCCCUCCACCCUGCCUGAGGAUGGUGGGAAAGACAAGGACGAAGUGAAGGACUACAACGCAGCUUUGGAAGGCGCCCGGUCUCCUAUGGGGAGGGAUCAGAUGGCCAAAGGGACUUUAACAGCGCCGACAUUCGUUGCGGGCAAAGGGACUAAAUCAGGGGUCCGACCAGAGCCCGGUGCCUGGAACUCGCAGGGGUUUUCCUGCUCCCUGUGCAAGCGGCUGUUCAACAGUCUGGAAGAUCUGAGGGAGCACGAGUACGGCCACACCUUGUCGCUCAUGGCGAUGUCCCUGGACUGGUCGGGCAUCCACAGUUCCUUCAACCAACCCCGCCAUCAGCCCCAGUCCCAGUUUCUGCACUACCCGGAGUCUCUGUAUCGCACCGCGAUGGCCGAGGCCGCCCCGGCACGCUACCUCUGCUCGCAGUGUCCGGCCAGUUUCACCCUCAAGUCCAACGCCGACCGCCACGAGAAGACCAUCCACUUCAAGAAGAAGCUCAUGCAGUGUGUGUACUGUUUGAAGUAUUUCAGGGACCGCACAGACCUGCACAGGCACCUCUCCUCGGUCCACUCCAAGGAGAGGGACCACAUCUGCCCGGCCUGCGCCAAGUCCUUUAGCACCCAGAAGAACCUGGCCACCCACGUUAAAGUCUGCUGCCAGGUGGGGGCCGGGCCGGGGGGCAGCAGUGGCAUGGAAACGUCUCAGGGUGGGGUUGAACUUCCUUUAUGGAGGCUUUCUGAACAGGUGGAAGUUGAAAGUAACCGUAACGUCGUGGAUGUGGAGAACUGAGUCAUAUUUAUCCAAAUCCACUUCAUUUAUUGAACACGUUUUAUAUUUAUCCAAAUUCAUUUAUUUCCAUUUAUUGAACACGUUUUACAUUUAUCCAAAUUUUUUUUUUGUUUUAUCAACAGUUUCCAAAGUCCUGCACAGACUAGAAAAAUAAAAUACAAUAAAUAAAAGUACAAAUUGAAUUUAAUCCAAAACUAAAAGAUCAAAUCAGAAAUAAAAUAGUAAAAUAGAUAUUAAAAUAUUAAAAACAAGAAGCAAAGCAAUUAAAGUAUAAGAAAUAAAAAGAAAGAACUAAAAGACUUAGGACCCAACGACUCACUACGAGUUAAAAGCCAGAGAAUAAAAUUGUGUUUUAAGACGAGACUUAAAGCUUUCGAUGUUGGGGGCCUUUUUUACUCGGAGGGGGGGGUCCCAUAGCUUGGGGCCAAACACAGAAAAGACCUGGUCUCCUCUGGUCCCCCCUGGUCUUAAGUCUCGUCCUGGGCACCACAAGUUGGAGCUGGCCCUCGGACCUCAGUGACCAUGCUGGAGAUAUUUCGAGGCAGCGGCCCAUGCCACUAAUAGGAUGGGAAAUUAUUUUUGAACAACUCGAACUUGAACAACGACGGUAAGACGGUAGUUUAAUUUCGUUGGGAAAAUCGUCUACUCAAAGCUCGUCUUAUUGAAUGUGCUGAAUUUAGGUUUUCCGUAGUUCAGAUCAGGACUGAUAAGACUAGUUUGCAGCGCCGGGUGAGAAGACAGUACAGCUGAGACGUAUAAGCGACGGGGUCCACAACCAAAACCACAUAAUCCUCCAUAAGUUCCUCUGAAUCAGCUGAAGAAGCCCAACUCCAACAGUUCAAGUCCGCCAGGCUUCUCCACGGCUCAGCACUCUACCCAACCACACCACCUGCAGGACACUGAGUGUACUGCAAGCCGUGGGCACACACGCACUUUGAAAUAAGAUGCUUUAAAAUGUCAAUUCAGGAGAACGUUGAUGUUUGCGUUGUUGACCCGGAGGAGGAGGUCCAGUAGGAGUCGCUAGUGUUACGUAAUAAGCUGGACCCCCGUCACACGUCGCUAACGGAAGGGCGGAGCUCCACAGGACAAAGCCAGCUAAAACAAUAGCGGUGGGAGUCAGGUGGGGGUUGGGUGGUGUCAUCUUCUGUCGUCCAUCUUGGCUGGACUUCUUAGCCGCACAGAAUCAGCCAAUGAUUGGUUCUUCAUGACAACGGGCCUCUUUAACCCUUGACCCUUCCACUGAGGAAAUGAGCACGGAGGGGGGGGGGGCGUGCCCUUUAAAGCGUAUGAUUGUAGCCAUGCAGGAACAUCAGAGUGGUCCCGACCAGAAGAAAGGAAAAGGCUGCAUGAAGAAGCAAAAGGCAGACAUUGGUCGGAGCGCGUCUGCAGGAUAUUGGACCAGGCUUUAUUAAAUCCACACUGCUGUCUGCCAAAGAUUUUCUCCCGAGACCUUACAGCGAACCUUUACUCUGUAACUUGAAAGCAACAUCUCAAACCAGAAUCUCAAACAUCUCAGACGACCGCCUUGCCGUCAUUUGCACCCGUGAUGAUGGCAAAGACCACGGAUCUUCUGAAUGAGCUUCACGCCAGCCAGUAGAAGCUGAGUCAGCUUCAUUGUGGGACUGAUGCCCUUUCUUUCCACACCAGCCCCCCUCCCUUCAGACCUGAAUUCCCCUUCCUCAGGUAGCACUCGGUGUCCUGAGCGUUGAGAGAAGUCGGGAGUUAAUCAGGAAGCGGAUCCAUGGGAAUGGCUUUUUUAAAAAAGUGCAUCCUGUACAGUAUAUAUUUUGCUAUGAAUAUUCAAGAUGUAUUACUCUUUGAAAAAGGUGCUGUAAAAUAAUAAGAUGUACUUUUACAAUACUGCAAUUAAACUAUGAAAACAUGGCGA